UCCAUCACUUAUCAACCCAAUUGGGAUCACAUAGAUCCCAAUUUCUGAUGUCCCUGUCGCAUUUUUGUGUUCUACCCAAAACCCUAAAAUUGUAGUGAUAAAAUCGGAGGUCCAAGGGUGGAUAAAAUAAGUUCAAGAUGUUGUGAUCCUCACACAACAAAAGAGAGAUUGGCGACAGAAACUUAUAUUUUCUGGAACUAGGUUUCUCUCAGAAAUGGCUGAUUAUUUGAUGGCCUCUCAUGGUUACCCUCCUGGGCUUGUUUUCCACCAGCAACAAGGCUCAUGUAGAGUCUCUAAGGAUUAUCAACCUCUCUUGCCAUGUCCUGGAUCACAAGAUAUUAUGAGACCAAGCUCCUUUAAUCUGAGUCUGCGUCAGAGUGAGGAGCCAUGGAAACACAUAAGUGGAUCGUCGGAGGCUAAUCAGUUCAUCAGGAUUGACUCGACUAUUAGAAGGCCUGUACUUAUUGAUGUUAAAGACACUCACCCGAACUCAAUACUCUUUAGCUUCGGGAUUGCUCAACAAUGCACAAGACAUGAAAAGAUCUUGCAGUUCCUCAUGUCCGGAUCAAGUGAAGCAGAAAGAGGUGGAUUAGAUUUAUCUGUACUCUCAGAUUUGAUGGGGCUUGAAGCAUUGACAAUUAAUAUCCAUCAACAGCCAUAUGCUCCUGAUCACAGAUCUUGGUUUCACUAUGCUGGUGCUCAGCCUUCUCUUAUUUAUCCUAGUAGUGAAGUUUGUUCCCCCAAGCCUCUAGUUGACUUGGUGGGGGAUUUGGCCAGUAGUCCAGAAGUUAUGCUUCAACGUCAACCAGAUGGCCAAGUCUCAUUCAUGGGUUCUGGGACUGAAAUGAAGGAUAUACUUUCGGUUAUUGUGGGUUUAUACUUGUCAAAGAACUCAACUACGGGGAGAAAGCAGUCAAUGCUGGUCCCACACUUUAAUAGGGUGGAUACCAGUGAUUUGAGGGAUAAAAUUCGUGCAUCUUCCUUGACUCUUGAAACUGUGAAAGUUGCUCCUCUUAAGAGUCCUGAGAAAACCAAACUCAAGCCAUCAUCAAAAAAGAAGACCAAUAAGAAAGUAGCAAGGGAGAGGGAUCUUUACAGAAAAAAUUACUUCCAUGCAUGUGAAAGCCUUCUAUCCAUAAUGAUCAAUAAGAAGCGCCAUGGCAAAACCACGAUACUUGUUCUGAAGAAAUCUGGUCCUGAACUACCUCAGUUCCUGACCCAGUUCUCUGCUACCAUUGCUGGGACUGGUCUUGCUGUUCUUUUCUCUGUCAUCUGUAAAGUAGCUUCUGGGAGGGUACCUCUCUGCACUUCCAGACUUGUUAGUACAGGCUUUGGGUUUGGACUGGUUUGGUUAUCUUGGGCAUUGAAUAAGCUGAGAGAUACAAUUAUUUAUAUCAGCAAGAAUUCAGGAAAAUUGGAUUUGAAAGAGGAGGAAAUGAUGUGGAAAUUGGACAAAAGUGUAAAAGAAAUUUUCUUCAGAGCUGCAACAGUGAUGGCAGUGGCAGUAUUGAGGUUUGCAUGAGUUCAAGGUAUGAAAAUAGCUUUUCGGGAAUAUGUGCAUAACUGUAAGUGCCCUAGAUCAAGCACAGUAGGCUUAUGGGGAAGUCAUAGGGAAAAAAAUAAGACUGUAUCUGACCAACAGUCAAAUUUUGUGUGUUAAUACUUUCUAAUUGGGAUGUAUAUUUACCGGAGGAUAACUAGGUUGGCUUGUGAGACAAACUCUUUUAACAUAUAGAAAUUGUACAUGGAUAUUGAAGUUUUUAUUGUUGUUGUGAUUACUAGA